CUUUCCGAAAGAACAAUACUCAAUGUACAGAUACCAAAUUAUUAGGAAACAUGAAUAGGGGAUCUACCCAUGUUUAUACCGAGGCAAAGUAUUUCAUCAUAUUGGAAGUCUAAAAACCGAGAAGUCAUAUUCUGGUUGGGAGUAACAGUUAUUCUUUGAUCAAAUCAUGAAAAUUGUGUGAACAUUCCACUUCUUAAAAUGAGGCGCGCGGCCAUCAGGCCGCUUUUUGGUGGAGUUCACGACGAUGGUAAAGUUCGAAACUCCAACCACCUCACCCAAGCACUUAAGGUUUGGGAUCGAAUCAUUGGGCCACAAGGUCCGGUUCUUGGUAAUUUUUUGAUUGUUAUAACUUUAUCUGUUGAAGAAUAUUAUUGGUGUGAAUUUUGUUAAUUUUUAUAAUCUAUUAGAUAUUUUAUACCUUUUUGUAACUAGGUUUAGCUUUUUUGCUAUUUGUUCCUACGUUUCUGGCAAAAAAAGAAAAAAAAAAAAAACUUGUUUGCUACUAGUUGCUAUCUAUGAUAACAUUGGGAAGCUAUUAUUCUCACCCAAACAUAACCGAAGUCGUAAUAGGCUCUGGGUCUCUAGACCAGUGGUUUCACAUUAUCACCAAUGAGAUGUUUUAUGAGCCAUGCAAAAUUGUACUAGUAUAUGAUAAUUUGACCUCCCUCACCUGUCUUGAUAACACACUAGCAUAUAUGUGAACCUAUUUUACUCAACCAAAAUAUCAAUUGAUAGCAGCUCUUCCAAAUGGAAAGAAACUUAAUACUUGUGCAGGCAUACAAGUCGAGUAAGAGAGGAUAAUAGAAUAAUAUUGAAUGAAUACUUCAAUCCGCAAUCACAUCCGAAUAGGCUGCUCCGCAUUCAGAGGGCUGUAUAUUAUUACCUCGAUGACAACCAUGAGAGGAGGCGUCUGGAAAUUUCACUUACAUGGGUGAAUGCUCCUCCCAAGUCUCUGGUGACCACGGUGAGAGAAAGCUUCUUAAACGUUCCAUUUACAUGUCUCAAGAUACCUCCCAAGAAGACAAACAACAGAUCCCUGAUGACGACAUUAUAAAAUGGUAUGCUGACGAUGUAGCCGACAUUGAUACCUAUAUAAAUGCUGCAUUCCGUUCAUCUGAUGAUCAUCAGAAUGAAGCCUAUCUAUUCAUGAAGAACGAGUACGUGCUCUUGAACUAUGCACCUGGCACAACAGAUGACAAGAUUGUGAAUGGACCGCUUCUUAUUUGUGAUGGAUUCCCAUCACUGACAGACACGGCGUUUGGAGAAAAUGGAAUUGACUGUGCUUUUGCUUGUAAUGGUGGCGCUGAAGCAUUCAUCUUUCUGGAAAUCUCUGUGCUCGCAUAAACUUUGCACCAGCAACUAAAGAUGACAAAAUACUUGAAGGUCCGAAGACCAUAAUUGCCAUGUUUCCAUUCUUGAGGAAUACUGCAUUUGAAAGCGGGGUGGAUGCUGCUUUUGACUCAACAAGGGAAAACGAAGCUUACAUCUUCAAAGACAGCCAGUAUGCUCUUAUAAAUUACAGUUCAAAGACCCUCGUCUAUGCCAUUCUUGCUAUCACCGAAGGCUUUCAUAGCUUGAAAGAUACCAUAUUUGAAGAUGGAAUAGAGGCAGCAUUUGCUUCUCACAGAGAAGAUGAGGCUUACCUAUUCAAAGGAGAUAAAUAUGCGCUCAUCAACUUCGCUCCAGGAACCACUGACGACUACAUUAUUGGUGGAGUGAAGGAUAUCCUUACAAAUUGGCCCUCUCUUCGGGAAAUGCCUCUGCCCCGCAAGAACUGCGGUCUUGAUGUACAUGAUCAUGAUCAUGAUGACACUACUGCGGCUGACCGUGACCAUGAUGAACUCUAAGAGGUCUCAGUUAUGAUAGGGUUCUUCUUGCAAUUUAUAUAUACUAAAUAAAUGGUAAUGCACCUUGAGGUUCCUACUUCCUACUUCCUACUUCCUACAGAAGUGGUCUGUAUGUGGGUUACUUGUGCAAUGAGUCUCUCUUUCAUUUGGUUUGAGUUGAUGUUCGUAACUCUUGACUGGAUGAUAGCCCACUCUGGGGCUCCGCUGGCUUUGUACCUUUUUUUAGUUUUUUUAUUAAUUCCAAUAAAGAUUGUUUGAGUGU